AUGCCAGGGGAACAAGGAAGCCCCGAGGUGACACCUGCUCCGCCGGCGCUCUACAGGCGGGCAGCAGCAACCAUUGAGCCCACCGCCCCUGCUUGCUUUUUGUUCACAUCGAUUUGUUUAACUUCACAGAAAAGUCUCAGAAGGCAAAAAGAAACUCGCCUGGCCCCAAAGCAGAUGGAGCUCAGGACGGCGGUAAGUGCCGCCAUCUUCUCUGCGGACACACAGCGGGCGAAGUUAGCGGCUCCACUUGGCCCCGUUAAGCGGCCUGGGGAGCGCGGCCCGCGGCCUCAGCACUGUGGUGACGUGGGACCCGGGUUCCCCCUCGGGCUGAUUUCUAGUGACACGUCGAAUUUUUGCCGAGGCGGGGGAAGGGACGCCGCUUCUGCCCCGGAUGUAAGAUGGCGGCGCGGGGUGGGGGGGUCGGCCUGGCGGGGCGGUCACGUGGUGGGGAGUAGCGCGCGAGCCUCCUUAAGUGAUCUCUAUGGUUCGGCCGACUCACUGGAGCAGCGGAGCGCGAGACGGGGCGCGUGUCCGCGGGCGCCGGGCUCCCGCCGCUGCCGCCCAUCCCGCAGCGCGGCCGGGCUUCAGUUUCACGGGGUUUUUGUCUUCCUCUCGCCUCCUGCAGAGGGGCACGGGAUUUCCCCGAAGGGUACUGAGGAGCGGGGGGCCUGGGGACUUCCGGGCUGCGCCUGGGUUUUCGGGUCGCGGCGCCGGAGCCGGUGUCCGCCUCUGCAGGAAGCGCCCCGGGCGUUCUCCCGCGCGGAGAGCCGGCCCCGCGCGCGCGUGUGCGGAGCGCGGCGCCCGUGGGCCCCAGCCGCCGCCCAGCCCCCGCCGCGGGGCGGGGAGGGGCGCGGGCGGCACCUCCCGGAGACGUGGCGGGAGCGCGGUCGAGACGGCUCGGAGCUCGCGACGGGCGAAGCGCGGGAGCGCUGCUCGCUGCCUCACUUGAUGGUCCCUGUCCCGCAGGCGUCUGCUGCGCUUUUGCCGCCCGUUUCCUGCUGUGGAGCGGCCUGGGGGCCGGCGUCCCCUCGGGCCGGCGGAGGGAGCGGCUGCCUGCGCACCUUUUCUCUCACUAGAGCACUCGGUUACAUAGAGGAGCCCGGCUCGGCCUCCCCCGGGCGCCGGCGCCGCGAGGAUGCCGGCAGCUCCCGGGCGGCCGGGCGGCCGAGCGGCGCGGCGCUGGGCGGGGUCUGCAGGCGCGGCGCGGCGGGGAAGAGCAAGGGCGCGGGGCCGGCGGCGGCGGCGGCCGAGGGACGACGGAGGAGCGCCGGAGUCGCUUCGCUCGCCUCAGCGUGGUCCGGCGCCUCCCCGACACCAUGGCCCUGGCUGAGGUAGUAGUUUGUGCUGUUGGUCGGGUUGUGACAUUGCCCGCUGUGGAGAUAACUGCGCAAGCUACUGCCUUGCUAGUGCUGGUGAUGCUCAGCGCCGCGGAGGACAAUGGCUGGGAAUCCCCUUUGUUUUCCGGGGCGCGGGGGCAGCCCGCGGAGCCCCGGCCUCGGCGGCCGCCACGGAAACCGUUAGUUGUGUGGUUUCCCGGAGGGAGGAAGGAAUUGCGGGGACUGGUCGGACAGGGACGUUUGUAAAGCUGGGGGAAGACCUAAAUGUCUGGAUUCGCUGUUUGCUUUUGAAGGCAGGAAUGAAAUUGAGUAAUUGACACAUAACUUUUCCACCCUAAAUAAUUGGAACGCUUCUUUCAAUAGGUGAUGCACGAUUUAGUUAGUGCGUAUUUUGCUUCAUUCUUUAUGAAUCGGAUUGGUGUGAGGUACCUCGUGCAGAACCGGCAUAGGGGCUAGAAUAGUCGACCCAUUAAAGUUUAUGCCUUAACAUUUCGAUUUUGUUUAUUUGGUAUGUUCCCUCUGUAAAUCUAAAGAGUUUUCAAAAUGUAAACCCAAAGCAAUUAAAAGUUUCUGUCUAAACUUUGUUUUGCAACUCCUUGAAUGAGAAGAUUGAAUAUAGUUAAACGCCUUGUGGAGGUUUUUUUUUUUUUAAUGUAUGAGGCAAAUAAAUUCUUUGUACAGUAUGCUGUGUUUUUGUUUGUUUUUUAGUUUACCUUCGGGGGCUCAUUGUGUCAAUGUGGUGGUGGUGGUUUUUGGCCUUUGAUUCUCAUGUUACAUAGUCAUUGCUCAUCAGUGUGGGAGGAAAGGAUCUAGGUAGGCGCUAAAAGUGUGGUUUGUGGAUACUUUUGAGUUUAAAAUCUAAUAUUGUCCGUUUUAAUUUGUGAGGGACCACUACUCCCUCAGUUUUUAAUAAAGAAAACGUAGUUUGGAAAACUUAUGAAAUGACUUGAUGUUUUAAAUACUCCGAUAUCUGGGUAAAAAAGAUGAUGAUUGUACUUUUAAAUUUUUAAUUUCACUGAGAAAAAUUAGUGGUAAAUUUUAAUACUUUCCUUAGAAAACAGAUCUGGUUUUGUGUACAAUAAUUAACUUUGAAUGGUGUAAUCACAAGCAUUCUAUGGUUUAAUUUUGGAUGCAUAAUUGAGAAAAAGAAGGCAGUUCUUUGCCUAGAAAAAAGGCACAUGUAAGGAGAAAAAUUUUUAAGCCAACUGAAUCCUCUUAGUCUCCUCCAGCAGGAGUUUGGUGCUUUCGUAAUUCAAAAGUGAUCUAAUAAGUGUGUCUUGAUUUAGUUCGGUUUAGCUUUGAGAGAUAACCUUACUCAAUCUGAUCUGGUCUGGAUGGAGUUGCCUCAUUGUGGGAAGGACAGUAGACAACCUUAUUGAAUCUUAAAACGCAUGAAAUAUUUGAACAUUGCCUUUUUGAGUUUGCUUUCUUUUGAUAUCAAAGAGCAAAGUACAUUUAGACUUAAGUGCCAGUUCUUUUAAAGGAUGAAAAUCUCUGGGUGCUAUGUAAAAUCUUGAUUUACAGAGAAGCUAAUAAAAUUCUAAUUUUCGUUUCCCAGAACAGUUCAUCCAGGCAACCAAGGUAAUCCUUAUCCCGCAGGUCCUCAUCUUUCCCAUUAUACUGUAGAACAUUUUAUAGGGGAUCAACAGUUGUUAAUUUGUACCCAAAAGUGUUACCGAUUCUGCCAGUAACUUAUUGAACUUGAAUAGAUCAGCAGGUAGGAAGCUGAAGUGGAUGUACAAAGUAUUCACAGUUUAUCCUCUGCUUUUAAACUAAAUUUCAUCCAGAAUUGCCCACGUAGUAGGAACAUUUUGAGUUGUUGGAUAUAAAGUACUUCCAUAUGUUAUUCUUGUUUGCUAAAUUACAAAGAAGAUACUGCCCCCAGCCAACUUGUUUUUAGUACCAUAGUUCUAUUUCUACCCUAAUCUCUAGUUUUAAAAAUUAGCUUUUCAUGAAUUUCACUUUAUUAUUUCUGUACAUUGAUGAAAAUUACCUGCUGAACAUUUUUACUAUUGACAGUUUACUACAAAGAUGAAUUUGCCUUAUCAAAAGUACAACUUUGCAGUCGACAUUUACUUGGUGCAAUUAACUUUUUUGUUGAUCUGUUGUCAAACACUUAUUAAUUUGUAACAGCAAAAAGCCACCGAUGGGAAAGAAUAAAGCAGUAUUUUGGGUGUCCUCAAUAAGUGCCAGACCAAAGGAAAGCUGAGUUAUGGUAAUAACAUUUUAAUAAAUGUCACCCUCCAUUAUUGGAAAUAUAGAUGUUAAUUUUGUGUAUGAGACACCUGGAGAAGAUUCUUGGGGAAGAGUUCUGCUUUAUGCCUUAAAGUCAGAAUUCCUGAUUGUUAAUCUUAUACAUAAAUAUUUUGUGUAUAAGCUAUUUAAACAUGAAAUUGCCUUUUGGUAGGUGAGCCAGGGUGUAUAUAAGACAUUGCUUCUUGUGGAGUGGGCUCAGAAGAAUUUUUGCCCGAGGAACCUGACAGCAGAGAUUAGCUCUUCAAUGUGUGGGAACUAGGUGCCAAGAAGACUUCUAUUUCUUCAUUAACUGCCCAUUCUUUCUCCCUUCUGUGUGUUACACCCACUACCUCCAUAGUGUGGGGUGGAGGAAACGGAUAAGUGAUACUACUUUACUUCCCCCAAAUUAAGACUCCUUUCUGUAAUUUCUGUAACAAAAGAAAAAUAGGACAGUCAUCUUCAAAAGUGAAUUAGGCCAGAUCAGUAAUACCCAAGAGGAGAAUGAUGACCAUAGUCAUAAAAUCUAAAAUGUCAUUGAAGCCACUGAUAGCUAGCUGAUUCAGAUAGAAAUAUUAAAACCCGUCAAAUGAUUGUCUAACACAGUUCACCAAGUAUUUUUGUUAGAAUAUCACUCUGAGGCACUGUGGGAAAAGCACAAUAGUUUGGCUAGAUCACUGCCGCAAAGGUCAAUGCAGCUAGAAAAGAUAGGACCCCAAGUACUUAAGAAUCAAAAUGUGGGCAGGUGGGAGAAGCAUUAGUGACCUAGGUUACCUUUUGAGACCUGGCGGAGAAAAAGUGGGUAAAAGAGCUGAGGGGAGCGAAGUACGAAGCACUUAGAAUAGAUAACUGUAACUUAGAGGUUUUGGUGUUCGUUGCCUCUAAUCAUUCUAAACAUGCAGUUGGAGUCUUCCAGGUGAGCAUUACAAUUGCAGUUUAUACUCAGUGAUGCUCUGAUUGGCUUACAUUUUAGCCUUGUAUUUGCUGUAAUAUGUGCCGAUGUUAUCCAUAUUUGUUUAAGAGAAACUGUUAGUUUUACAUGGAAUAGAGUGCUUUUUAUAAUCUGAAGUUGAGAGUUACUUGUAUUUAGAUUUUCACUUUACAGUUAGCUUUCUUUAAAAGCACUGUUGUUCGAUACAACAUUGGAAUUGUGCCUCCACAAACUUCUGGAUGCUAAAUUUGUGAAUAGGAUCCUUUUAAACUGCAUAUUUGAUACCCAACAGUAAAGAUUCGGUUAUGAACAAACAAACCUAGGAUAAGAGUCUCAUGUUGAUUUUACAGGUAAGUUCCUAGUUUGUCCUUUUUCCACCUCAACGCUUUCUGAAAAUACACCGUUUGCCUUUAGCUGGGUUUCAAAUUUUGUUAGUUCUGUUAUAAUUGAGAGUGUUUUAUCAUGAAGGUCAACUUUUCUCAGAAGGCCAAAUAGUGUAAAAUGUUACAGAAAAGUAAACUAGGAACUAAAAAGUGUCCACAAACAAUUGUAACUUAGAUCAUCUGUGUAGUUGUAACCCUGUGUCCUCCCUUAUAAAUAAAAAAUCUCUUUGAACUUGAACAAAAAAUGUAUUAAGAUUCAGAGGUUGCUAUUUCAGUAUUCUGCACACAAUAUACUUUAAAGGCCUUAUUAAACAGAAAUGUGUUAAAAUAUACAAGGCCUAGGCUAAUCAUAGUAGUGGUGACACUGAAUUACCCCCAUAUGAUGGCAGAAGGACCUGACUGAGCUCUAAAAUACAGAAAUCAAUGGAAACAUUUUUCUAUUUCUUUAAAAAAUAACUUUGCAUUUGUUUAAUAAGACCAGGUUAAUUGUCAAUGAGAAUAAAAAUCCUAUAUGCCUUUAAUUUUUUUAGUGACUGAAACUCAUGCAGAAUAUAUAUAUUCUGCAUGAAUUUAACUCAUUCAUUUUAUUUACUUAACAAAUACAUUGAGUGCCUACCAUGUACCAGGCAACUGGGGAUACACAAUAAACUAAAGGAAUGAAUCUCCACCCUUAAUGGAAUGUGUAUUCAAACAGGGAUGCAUUUGUCUAUAAUGAUAACAAUAUGUAAUACACACUGUCUGUGGGCCUCUUGGUUUUUUUCAAACUUGAGUUCCACUUGGGUUCCUACUCUAGAGCCUUGCUCCGGGACCACUUAGUGGUACUGUGGUUGUGUGUCUGUUUUCCCAUUUUUAAAAUAAUUUUAUCUGCAUUUAGAAACAAAAUAGUCCCAAUAGAGCAUCACCAACUGUACUGUCAGACUGUGCACAGUCUUUACAUUUCUCCACGAGGUUAAUGAGACAUCACAUUUUUGAUGUACUUCAGCAUCGUGAGGUCAAAGAAGCAGUGUGGGUAGGAUACUGAGUUGGCCGUGUAGAUCCUGCCCCUCUCAGGAGCAGAUGUGUGGGGUUCGUUUAAUGCUACAGGCAGUGGAGAGCCAAUUACGAACCUUGCUGGGAUGGCGUACAGAGAAGAGUCAAGCGUUUAUCCUGCCUUUUACAAAUUAUACGUCAGGGUAACUACAGAGUGGUGAGGGAAAUUUUCUCAUUAUAACAUAAUUCCAGCUUAAAAAUACAGUAUAAUAGAAAUAGGACCUCAACAUUUUGCAGCAGUAAUGAAAUAAUCAAGCAAGGCCUCCUCAAUGACUCUUUAAGUGAAUGCUCAUGGGGAGCAGUUUAAUGCGUGGAUUGGGCUGACAACACCUGAACCCACUGAUCAGCCUUCACGUUACAGUAAUAGAGACAAGUGUAAACAUUCUGCGCUUGCCGAAGUUAACACCAUAGCAGUGCAGAGUCCCACCCAUGAAGGUCGAAUAACUGAACUUGACUCCUCAGACAUUUCAAUCUGACUGCUAGUUAUAAGAGACUUAAGAUACAGAGGAACAUGUUAAACCACCACUGGAUGCAGUUGGCAAAAUCCACACUAGAAAAUUCUAGAAGACAAAUGACCUGGUAUUUUUAAGUAAACUGCAAGAAAAAGAAUUUAUAGGUUAACAUGGACUUUAGAAACAAUUAUAGCUCUUACAGUAAAUCAUUAUAGCUUUCUAGUAUACAUGCAACAUAGGAGGUAAUUACAUUAAAUAGGAAAUACAUUAAAACCCAGAAGAGUUUAAAUGGGUGAGAUGUGGAGAAUAAUGAGCUUUAAUGUACUUGGUGUUAUUUUCUGAUGCUUCUCUUCUUGUCCCUCUAUAUUUUUUGUAGUUUAAGGAUAACCUUUGUGAACUAAGGGGCAUAUCUUCAAAGGUUCCAAUAUGAAGAGUGGUGUCAACAUCUAACUCCUUCAUGCCCAUAACUGACAGCGCUCUGGAUAGCACCUAAGAUGUUCUGGGCUGAUUCAGUACCUAGUGGACCCUUUGAGGCCAUUUCUAACCUCACUUCUGUAUCUUUUCCUUCACUGCUCACCAAUUAUGACUCUUCCAUUUUUUCUCUAUCCUCUUGUUAGCUCAGUCUUCACCUUGCGUAUUCAAUCCACUGUUUGCUUUCUUAAAGUUGAGAUGUAAUGGACAUACUAGUUUCAGGUGUCCAACAAAGUGAUUUGAUAUUUUAUGUGCUGGAAAAUGAUCACCACAAAGUCUAGUUAGCAUUCGUCACCAUAGGCUGUUACAGAAUUUUUUUUCUUCUGAUGAGAACUUUUUAAUAUUUACUCUUAGCAACUGUCACAUAUGCAGUACAGUAUUAUUAACUGUAGUCAACAUACUGUAUAUUACAUCCUCGUGAGUUAUUGGUUUUAUAAUUGGAAGUUUGUACUUUUUGACCCCCUUCACCCACUUUGUCCUUCUCCCACCCCCUGCCUGAGGCCAUCACCACCCUGUUCUCUGUAUCUCUGAGCUUGGCUUUUGUUUUCUGUUUUGAUUCCACAGAUAAGUGAGAUCAUAUUUGUCUUUCUCUGUCUUAUUUCACUCAACGUAAUGCCCGCAAGAUCCAUUCAUGUUGCAAAUGUCAAGAUUGCAUUCUUAUUUAUGACUGAAUAAUAUCCCAUUGUAUGUACAUACCUCACCUAUUUAUCCAUUCAUCCAUCAGUGGACACGUAAGUUGUUUUUAAACUUUGGCUAUUGCAAAUAAUGCUGCAGUGAACAUGGUGGUGCAUAUAUCUUUUUGACUUAGUGUUUGCUUUUUCAUCAAGCUACUUAAAAAGGCUUAGUUAUCAAUUGCAAAGUAUAGAACUUCUUUAAAUCCUGAUUUGACCAAAGCCAGCUGUAAAAAUAUUCCUGAGACAACUGGAGUAAUUUAAAUAUUGACUGAAUAUUUGAAGUUAAAGAAUUGUUGAUACUUGAUGAAGGUAUUAUGGUUGUGUGUUUUUUUUUAAGCAUAUACAUAUGCUUCUCUUUUAGCAUAUACAUAAUGAAGUUACCAAUAAAAAAAUAUGAUGUAUAGAAUUUGCUUUAUGUUUCAAAAUAAUCCCUGGUGUAGGAGGGGGUGUAUAUAUGGGUGGGAGUAUGGGUGAAGAUUGCUCUUGUACUAAUACAAUGGAAGUUCACACAUGCUCACAAUGAUACCGUUGUCUAAAUAUACCUACUAUAGUUGUUGUUGUUCAGUUGUGUCCGACUCUGUGACCCCAUGGACUGUAGCACGCCAGGCUUCCGUGUCCU